GAUGGUGAUUUUGUUAAACUGCGUUACCCUGGGGAUGUACCAGCCGUGUGAGGAUAUGGACUGCCUUUCUGACAGGUGUAAAAUCUUGCAGGUAUUUGAUGAUUUCAUCUUCAUCUUCUUUGCUAUGGAAAUGGUCUUAAAGAUGGUGGCUCUGGGGAUCUUUGGCAAGAAGUGUUACCUUGGAGAUACCUGGAACCGUCUGGAUUUCUUCAUCGUCAUGGCUGGGAUGGUGGAGUACUCCCUGGAUCUCCAAAACAUUAACUUGUCUGCAAUCCGUACUGUCCGCGUCCUAAGACCCCUGAAAGCUAUCAACCGUGUGCCUAGCAUGCGUAUCCUUGUGAACUUGCUCCUGGACACCUUGCCCAUGCUGGGGAACGUCCUUCUGCUCUGCUUCUUUGUCUUCUUCAUCUUCGGCAUCAUCGGGGUGCAGCUGUGGGCUGGGCUGCUCCGCAACCGCUGCUUCAUGGAGGAGAACUUCACAAUACAAGGUGAUAUUGUCCUGCCCCCUUAUUACCAACCUGAGGAAGAUGAUGAGAUGCCCUUUAUCUGCUCACUAUCAGGAGAUAAUGGAAUUAUGGGCUGUCAUGAGAUACCCCCAAUGAAGGAGCGAGGCCAUGAAUGUUGUUUGGAUAAGGAUGAUUAUUAUUACUACAACUCAGUCCGACAAGAGUUCAACAUCAGUGGCAUGUGUGUCAACUGGAACCAGUACUACAAUGUGUGCCGUACCGGCAAUGCCAACCCACACAAGGGUGCCAUCAACUUUGACAACAUUGGGUAUGCCUGGAUUGUGAUAUUUCAGGUGAUCACACUGGAAGGGUGGGUGGAGAUCAUGUACUAUGUAAUGGAUGCCCAUUCAUUCUACAAUUUUAUCUACUUUAUCUUGCUGAUAAUCGUGGGCUCCUUCUUCAUGAUUAACUUGUGCCUGGUGGUCAUUGCCACACAAUUCUCAGAGACCAAGCAGCGGGAGCACCAGCUGAUGCAGGAGCAGAGAGCCCGGUACCUCUCCUCCAGCACUGUUGCCAGCUACAUGGAGCCAGGAGACUGCUAUGAAGAGAUCUUCCAAUAUGUUUGCCACAUCGUGCGCAAAGCUAAACGCCGCACCCUUGGCCUGUACAACAGCAUACAGAGCUGGCGCCAGGGCCACGUGGAGCCAAGCGAUGCCAAGCUAGGCAUGAACAAGAAAAGCCAGGGGCACUACAGGCUUUGCCAGCAGCAUAACUCUCUUGACUGCCCUCCUCAGGGCUUGGUCCAGCCCAUUGCUGUGACAGCAACCUCUGAUCCCACCAACUGCCCCCAGUGUCAUAGAGGGGAGCACGAAGUAUCCCAAAGGCUCUCUGUCCUGGAUAGUGCUGACUCAGAGCAGGAUGGAGGAGCCAGCGAAGAGGAGGGGGAGGGCAGCAGAGAGGACCAGGGUGCCUCGGCACUGGAGAAGGAAGAGGAGAGAGUGGAAGGCGGUGGACGGUUGAAGCUCUGCAGUGACAUGUGGCGAGAAGUGAGGGUCAAGCUUCGAGGGAUUGUCGACAGCAAGUACUUCAACCGUGGGAUCAUGAUCGCAAUUCUAGUAAACACUAUCAGCAUGGGCAUCGAGCAUCAUGAGCAGCCAGAGGAGUUGACCAACAUCUUGGAGAUCAGCAACGUUGUCUUUACAAGCAUGUUUGCCCUGGAGAUGAUCCUGAAACUUGCUGCUUUUGGUCUCUUUGAUUACCUCCGCAACCCCUACAACAUCUUUGACAGUAUCAUCGUCAUCAUCAGCAUCUGGGAGAUCAUUGGCCAGUCGGAUGGGGGCCUCUCUGUGCUGAGAACUUUCCGUCUCCUGCGGGUGCUGAAGCUGGUGCGUUUCAUGCCCGCAUUGCGCCGCCAGCUUGUGGUGCUGAUGAAAACUAUGGACAACGUAGCCACUUUCUGCAUGCUCCUCAUGCUCUUCAUCUUUAUAUUCAGCAUCCUGGGAAUGCAUAUCUUUGGUUGCAAGUUCAGCCUCAGGACAGACACAGGAGAUACAGUUCCUGACCGGAAGAAUUUUGACUCCCUGCUGUGGGCUAUCGUCACUGUCUUUCAGAUCCUAACCCAGGAGGACUGGAAUGUUGUGCUUUAUAAUGGCAUGGCCUCCACCUCACCAUGGGCAUCCCUCUACUUUGUGGCUCUCAUGACAUUCGGCAAUUACGUGCUCUUCAAUCUGCUGGUGGCCAUUCUCGUGGAGGGGUUCCAGGCUGAGGGUGAUGCCAACCGGUCAUACUCAGAUGAAGAUCAGAGUUCAUCAAACAUGGAGGAGUUAGAUCAGUUCCAAGAGGUCCAAGAAGGCUCAGAUCCCAAGCUGUGUGCAAUUCCUGUGACACCUAAUGGACACUUGGACCCAUCCUUGCCUUCUUCCAACCUACCAGUGGCUGCUGGCGGUGUCACCAACUCUUCACGCAACUCCCUGCAGCCUGACCAGAUCCUUGUUGCUGUUGGGUCCCGGAAGAGCAGUGUGAUGUCCCUGGGGAGAAUAACCUAUGACCAGCGGUCCUUGUCCAGCUCCCGCAGUUCCCACUAUGGUGCCUGGGGCCGCAGCGGAGCCUGGGGGAGCCGUCGCUCCAGCUGGAACAACCUGGCCCGGGGACACAGCCUGAAGCACAAACUUCCCUCUGCUGAGCAUGAAUCCCUCCUGUCUGGGGAAAGGCACAGGGCAGCAGAUGGGGAGACGAAUGGGACAGGAAGGGUUCUUCAUCACCGCCGGACGCUCUCCCUGGACAACAAAGGCUCCUGUGACCUGUUGGAGUUGGCCUCGGUCCCAUCUGGCCACAGAGUGACCCAUAAGAUGAGACCAGCAUCCGGGGCCAGUGAGCAUCAAGACUGCAAUGGUAAAAUGCCCAGCAUUGCCAAGGAGAUCUUCCCAAAGAUGAACAACCGCAAGGAACGAGGAGAGGAUGAUGAAGAGAUAGAUUAUAGCCUGUGCUUUCGCAUCCGGAAGAUGAUGGAAGUCUAUAAGCCAGACUGGUGUGAGUUACGGGAAGACUGGUCCAUAUAUCUCUUCUCUCCACAAAACAGGUUUCGACUACUCUGCCAAACCAUCAUUGCUCACAAGCUCUUUGACUACGUUGUGCUGGCCUUCAUCUUCCUGAACUGCAUCACCAUUGCCCUGGAGAGACCACAGAUUGAACACAGAAGCACGGAGAGAAUCUUUCUCACUGUGUCCAACUACAUUUUCACAGCAAUUUUUGUAGCUGAGAUGACACUGAAGGUGGUCUCUCUAGGCCUGUAUUUUGGGGAUCAGGCUUAUCUCCGCAGCAGCUGGAACAUCUUGGAUGGCUUCUUGGUCUUCGUGUCUCUCAUUGACAUUGUGGUCUCAGUGGCCUCUGCUGGCGGCGCCAAAAUCCUGGGGGUGCUGAGAGUCCUCCGGCUGCUGCGCACCUUACGUCCCCUCCGAGUCAUCAGCCGAGCCCCUGGCCUGAAGCUGGUGGUGGAGACGCUCAUUUCUUCCCUUAAGCCCAUAGGAAACAUCGUCCUCAUCUGCUGUGCUUUCUUCAUCAUCUUUGGCAUCCUUGGUGUGCAGCUCUUCAAGGGCAAGUUCUACCACUGCCUGGGAGUCGACAUCAGGAACAUCACCAACCGGUCUGACUGCGUGGCUGCCAACUACAAGUGGGUGCACCACAAAUAUAACUUCGACAACCUGGGGCAGGCUCUGAUGUCCCUCUUUGUUCUGGCUUCCAAGGAUGGCUGGGUCAAUAUUAUGUAUAAUGGACUAGAUGCUGUGGCUGUUGACCAGCAGCCGGUGACCAACAACAACCCCUGGAUGCUCCUCUACUUCAUCUCCUUCCUCCUCAUUGUCAGCUUCUUUGUACUCAACAUGUUCGUGGGGGUGGUGGUAGAGAACUUCCACAAGUGCCGGCAGCAUCAGGAGGCCGAGGAGGCACGCCGGCGGGAGGAGAAGCGCCUGCGCCGCUUGGAGAAGAAGCGAAGGAAGGCGCAGCGUUUGCCGUACUAUGCUACGUACUGCCCCAUACGCCUCCUUAUUCAUUCGGUCUGCACCAGCCACUAUCUGGACAUCUUCAUCACUUUCAUCAUCUGCCUCAACGUGGUCACUAUGUCCUUGGAGCACUACAACCAACCUGUGUCCCUGGAGACCGCCCUCAAGUACUGCAACUACCUGUUCACCACUGUCUUUGUGUUGGAGGCAGUCCUCAAGCUGGUGGCAUUUGGUCUGCGUCGAUUCUUCAAAGACAGGUGGAACCAGUUGGAUCUGGCCAUUGUACUGCUGUCUGUCAUGGGCAUCACACUGGAAGAGAUUGAAAUCAAUGCUGCUCUCCCUAUUAACCCCACUAUCAUCCGGAUCAUGAGGGUGCUGCGUAUUGCCCGGGUCCUGAAGCUACUGAAGAUGGCCACAGGAAUGCGAGCACUGCUGGAUACAGUUGUUCAAGCUCUGCCACAGGUGGGAAACCUCGGACUCCUUUUCAUGCUCCUCUUUUUCAUCUACGCUGCUCUAGGAGUGGAGCUCUUUGGAAAAUUGGUAUGCAAUGAUGAGAACCCCUGUGAGGGCAUGAGCCGCCACGCCACCUUUGAGAACUUUGGGAUGGCCUUCCUCACGCUUUUCCAGGUGUCUACUGGUGACAAUUGGAAUGGGAUCAUGAAGGAUACCUUGCGUGACUGCAGCCACGAUGACCGGAGCUGUCUCAGCAACCUGCAGUUCAUCUCCCCACUGUACUUUGUCAGCUUUGUGCUCACAGCCCAGUUUGUCCUCAUCAAUGUGGUGGUAGCUGUGCUCAUGAAACAUCUAGACGACAGCAACAAGGAGGCCCAGGAGGAUGCAGAGAUGGAUGCUGAGAUUGAGCUGGAAAUUGCUCAUGGGCUGUGCUCCCGCAAGUCAGGCUCCCCAAAUUCAGGACAGGGAAAAGGAUCAGGAACAGGAGGAGGCAAUGGGAGAACAGAUCCUGAAGGACACCUGUGCAUGAGGUGUUACUCUCCAGCACAGGUCCAGCUGGCUGAAAUGGAAGCAUUAUCCCUCAACUCAGACAAGUCCUCUUCCAUCCUUCUAGGAGACGAGUCAGACAAUCGCAGCACUUCUCAGCUGAGUCCUAAGGAGAUCAAGCAGGAUGGCCAGGACAGCCCUGACUCCAAUUGGGUAGGUGAUCUGGGGGAAUGCCUACUCCCAAUAUCCAGUGUGGAUGGCUCUACAAACCCGGACAGUUACCUGUGUGAAAUGGAGAAAACAUCUUUCAACUCAGUCCAGUCUUGGCUAAAGCAUGAAAGUACCAAAGUCCCUCCCAGCCCCUUCUCUCCAGGUGCGUCUUGCCCUCUGUUACCUGUACCAGCAGAAUUUUUCCACCCAGCCAUCUCUGCCACUCAGACAGGGCCUGAGAAAGUCUCAUGUCCACGCAACCUUCCUAAGAUCUCCCUGCAAGGCUCAUGGGCAUCACUGAGGUCUCCAAGUGUGAACUGUUCACUUCUUCAUCAGGCCCCUGAGAGUGAUACAUCGCUGGACAGCCGGAGCAGCAGCUCAGCGGGCAGCCUGCAGACCACGCUGGAGGACAGCCUCAACCUCAGUGACUCUCCUCAGUGCACCCUGGACCUCCCAGUGGCUCUGUGCCCCAUGCCAGCUGAUGGCAGCCAAAGACCCCUGGCAGCCCCACUUUCCCCUGCCUCCCGCCGCCGGAGCCUGCGGGGCCGGGGACUCUUCAGUCUGCGAAGCAUGUGUCGUCACCAACGCAGCCACAGCAGUGGUGGGAGCACCAGCCCUGGCUGCACCCACCAUGAUUCCAUGGACCCCUCAGACGAAGAGGGGGCGGGCAGCAGCUUGCGGGGGGGUGGCAACAACAGCGAGCCUUCGGAGACCCUCAGCAGCCUCUCACUGACCUCUCUCUUCUCGCCCCCACCACCGGGGCUGACACUGGUGAAGAAGUGCAGCAGCACCAGCAGCCUCCAUGCCAGUCCCUUGCCCCGCCGCCCUGCUGCCCACCACACCAAGCCCUUCUACACCGUUGACCCCCGGGGCUUCCUUUCGAUGCCCUCCUGGGUGACGGACUUCUGCAAAGACACCCCAUCGCCCAGGGAAGGAGAGGAGCCGGAUGGCCCCAGCAGACUAGGGACAGGGGACUGUGGCUCCCCACUCCCAUCCAAGCUGGAGCUGGGCGAUGGAGUCAGCAAGAGGAACAGAUGAGGGUUCCUGGGGUGCAGGGAGGGAGCAUUCGGCCGCUAGCAUGGGGAGCAUGUUUCAUUAGCUUCUCCCCAGCAGCAGUUCCAAAGGAUUUGCAAGAAACAGAACCAGGCAAACAAAAUUUUAUAAAUAUAUAUAUAUACAUAAAUAUAUAUAUAUAUGGAAUAAAUACUCUGGUACCAUACCUCAGAGGCGUGGGAGAGUGCAAGCAAUACGGGAACAGUCCUGCCCAAGGGCAAGACCUGGACCAUCACUGCAGAGACUAUAGUGACAAGAAAAGGCCAUGGGGGUGGGAGGACCAGGACCCCUCCUCCAGCCAGGUGACUGCCACAUGGCGGUUGUUUAGUUAUAUACAUAUACAUAUAUAGAGAUCUCGAUUUAUUUAUUUUUUUUACAGAGAGAUUAUGAAUUUCAGAAAGUGCUAAGGAGGAAGAAGCAAACAGGGGCUGAAGGAGGUGCUAUGCCAAACGAGGGUGGGGGUGAAGGGAAGAGAAGCAGGGUGACCAGCAAGGGAAAAGCGUCUGGGGUUUGCCUUGCAUGCUGCUAGGAAUUUCCUUAUUGUCCAUGCUUCCAUUUCAAACAUUAAAAAUUGUGGGCCAGAUCUUCAGGUUGAGUGUAAAUUGGCAAAAUGCAAUUGUACGCGCCUGUUAGUGUCAAGCAGCAGCACUCUGGCUUGAGGUGGAUUCAUGCUGAUUUACAGCCGGUGAAAAUCUGGCCCUGGCAGCAGGGAAAUGCAAACAGCCAUGGAGCAUGGGAAACGUUUUGAGGUGAAAAGCCUUGCUUUGAAGGGAACGUGUGAACGCAGCAGGCAUGCUCAUGGGAGAGGGGAUGAAGCUACAUGGAGUAUUUUUGUUGGUUUUGUUGGUUUCGUCUUUUUCGUUUUGCAACGAAAGAAAACUGCUAAGGGAAAAAAUUACAAAGUAUGUGGGGAAAUUUGGAGUGGGAAAGACAGGGUGGAAGGGGAGAGGGAGGUAAAAAGGGGAGAGGAAAUUGAACUUUUCCCCCUUUCAUUUGCAGUAAUUGUGAUAUUUUAUUUUAGAAGCCCAAAGGUGCAAAAAUCAUCUCUAGAGAAACCUGUUAUUUUUGUAUCUAUGGCUAUAUAUAUUAAAAGAAGACAAAACCUAGAAUUUUAAGAAAGACAAAUAAAAGCAAAGGGGGCUUCAACAACACAAAAUGUAGUCAGUCCCCUGGCUGAGGGCUAAUCCUGUUCCAAGUCCCAGUGGGAAGACCCUAGAAGAACAUCCUCAGCUUGGUGGCAGCUCUGCCUCCUCUCCAGCAUCACCUUCAUCCUCUGGUGUUUUUCUGAUUUGCAUCAGCAUAGCUGGGACCGGAGUCCUGCUCAGUGCCAACUGUGGUCAUAGAGAGCUGGGAGUAUUACCGUGUGUGUGUAUGUGUGUGUGUGCAUGCAAAUGUAAGGAUGUUUGUGUGUGUUGUGUCCUAUCUAACUGGCUCACCAGAUGGAGAGAUGGAGGAGAAGGAGAAGGAGAACUACAGCUCUCCUUGCCUCUGUUCUGCAAGGGAGUGUGGGUGAGGAGGGCUGCGGUGUGGAGGAUUGAGGGCAGACUGUGACUCCUUGGACCAUGACCUGCCUCAGGAUCCAAGAUUCAAUCUGGCAGACGUGAUCCUGUCCUAGUGUGGUUGCAUUAAGGCCUCCGGAGGCUGCAUCUCUCCUUGCCUUUCCAGUGGUAUGAUUGUAUGUGCCUCCUUCCCAGCCAUGACAAACCUGGAUCUCCUCCUGCAGUAACUCCAAGGUUUUGUACCCUUCCCAGGUUUGCAGGUGGUUAGGAAAGCCAGCCUCUUGGAAGGGCACCAAGAAUUUUGGAUGUCACCCACCAACCCAGGGAAGUUCCACUAAGGUGUGUGAGUGAGAAGGUCAAUGGGGAGACAAUAGUAGCCCAAUGGAGAUGGGGAGAUUUGGAGGCUGGUACACUUCUCAGAGGAGGAGCAGCGAUCCCUUGGGGAUUCCUGUGUCAUUUUUUCCAUCAGAUCAAGAGGUCCCCUGCAGCCAUCCCAGAGUUCUCCCAGCUGACAUAUGAAACACUGUGAAGUGGGCAGUACAAAACAGAUGUUCUGGUUUUAUUAUGACCUGUCUGAUUUUAAGCAGUUGUUGCAUCAUACUUACUGGGGCUGUAAACAGUAAGCACGUCAAAUGGGACCAACAGCUAGGGAAAGGAUAAAUACUGUGUGGACUUGAUUUAUUUGCUGGAAGGAGUGUUUUCUGUGUUGCAAGCAUGCAUGCUGGCUGCAGGGAGGUCAGGCCUGUGGAGACAGGAGAGCCCGGGUCCUUGUUCUUGCAGAAAGGAUGCUGAUCCAGAUUUAUUAAAGCAAUAAUAAGGGUCUUUAAAUGAUUUAUUUUGCACUGGUGGUUCUUUGGGUGAGCUGCCCCUGCCUGCUCUCCCAUGGGCAGAGAGGAGAGACAAGACACGUGGUUUCACAUGCUUAGGGAAGAAGGACAGUCAGUCCCCAAAUGUCUGAACAAUGAAAUUGGGCUGCACAAGGCUUAGACUCAAACCCAGAGCUGUUUUGAAGCCAGAGGUAGGGUUUACCAAAAAAACCCAAACAGU